AACCAUUAAAAAUAGUAACAAAAUUGACAAAGUGAGCUGUCAUUUUUCUGUCCAUCGAAGAAAUCAUAGUUGAUUUUCUAAAACAAAACUUUGCUUGCUGGUAACGUUUAUAAAUAUUAAACAUGUUUCGAGCUAAUAACUUUGAUAAAUUAUUAGAUAAAGCGACAAGUAAUCUACGCUUGGACCCCGAUUGGCCCUCUAUCUUACAAAUAUGCGAUCUAAUUAGACAGAAUGACUGUUCACCAAAAUAUGCAGUGGCUGCUGUUAAGAAGAAGUUGUAUUCACAGAACCCCUACCAAGCUAUGUUUGCACUUUUGACUCUUGAGAGUAUUGUUAAAAAUUGUGGAUCUGGAGUUCAUGAUGAAGUCGCAUCGAAGGCGUUCUGUGAAAUGCUCCGUGAUCUCGUUAAAACAACCCAACAUGAGAACUUGAAAACCAAGAUAUUGGAAUUAAUACAAGCUUGGGCAUUUGCUUUCCGGAACUCACCAAAAUAUAGAGCUGUACAGGACACUGUGAAUAUACUGAAAGCCGAAGGUCAUAAGUUUCCACCGCAAAAAGAAUCUGAUGCAAUGUUUUCUGCGGAUACAGCACCAGAAUGGGCUGAUGGUGAAGUUUGUCACAGGUGCAGAGUAGCAUUUUCUCUUAUGGUUCGUCGACAUCAUUGUCGUGCUUGUGGUCAAGUGUUUUGUCAGCAAUGUAGCUCCAAGACAUCAACAUUGCCGAAGUUUGGCAUUGAGAAAGAAGUCCGAGUGUGUGAGGCUUGUUAUGAUAAAGUAAGCCGUCCACCAUCUUCAACAGCAAAGUUGGAAAUUGUAGAUACUUCUAGUGACUAUGGACCAGCCCAACCCCAAAAACGACCUGGCAAGUCAGCUGAGGAGUUGCAGGAAGAAGAGGAGUUGCAACUAGCCCUGGCCCUCAGUCAGUCUGAAGCUGAACAUAAGGAGAAGGAACGAAAGUCAAGAUCUUACAUCGCACCAGAACAAACACUACAUCCUACCAUUUCUCCUACUCCCUCGUCUGUGAGUGCGUCCCCUGAACACAGUACGGCUAACUCGGAACUGUCCCGCUACUUGGACAGGAAUUACUGGGAACAAAGACUGUCAAGGGAUCCCGCUGCACCUACAGCUCCCUCCUCGCACGCCACCAAUGAAACUCCUGAUCAAGAUUUCACAAAACCUUCAACUAGUAAGGGACAAGAAGAUGAAGCAGAGGAUAAAGAGAUUGACGAAUUUGUCGAAUCACUCAAAUCACAAGUGGAGAUAUUUGUUAAUAGAAUGAAGAGUAACUCGUCACGUGGUCGUUCAAUCGCCAAUGACACGUCUGUGCAAACAUUGUUUAUGAAUAUAACAGCGAUGCACUCGAAGUUGCUGAAAUAUAUUCAACAGCAGGAUGAUAAACGAGUUUAUUUAGAGAGUUUGCAGGAUAAGAUCAGUCAGGUGCGUGAUAGUAGAGCUGCUCUUGAUACUCUUCGGGCCGAGCACGCGGCUAGACUUGCCCAGGCGGCUGAGGCCGCUGAGAGACAGAGACAAAUGCAAAUGGCCGCCAAGUUACAGGCAAUGAGGAAAAAGAAACACGAGUACUUGCAGUACCAAAGACAGUUGGCACUGCAAAGAGUUCAGGAACAAGAAAGGGAAAUGCAAAUGAGACAAGAGCAGCAAAAGCAUCAGUAUAUGAUGUCAGCCAACAGUGGUUUUUACAUGCCUGGUGUUUCGAUGCAUCAAUUCCAGCCUGGUUAUCCCAACCAACCAAUGUACGCCAGUUCUCAAUUCCAUCCACAAAUGAUGUCCCAAGCAACAACCGAUGGUUCCAUGCCUUUACCUGGACAACCACAAAUGUCACAAGCUAAUAUACCCGUGAAUGUGAAUCAGAUGCCAAUGUCCCAAUCUAUGCCACCCAUGACAAAUACUUUUGCUAUGUCCACAUCCGGUAUGGGAAUUAGCCAACCUGGUGGUCAAUCUGCAAUGAACCAAUCUAAUGUAAGGCCAGUAAUCAGCCAGCAAUUACCUAUUCAACAGCAAAUGAUGAUGCAGCAAAUGCAACAAAUGAGAAUGCCAAACCAACCAGGUGUGCAUCAAAUGAUGCAGCAAAAUGGCCAUCCUCCCCAAAAUAUACAAACACAGAAUCAACAGUCCUCUCAGCAAAUUCAGAAACAAAAUGUCCCGAAUCAACCUCCCAGCUCUAUGAUGCCUCCAAUGGCAAUAGGUCAAGCAAACAUAAAUCAACCUAAUCCUAGUAACCCAAUGUUUGGGAUGCAAAUGCCAAAUAUGAGAAUGUCAAUGAUGUCGGCCAAUCCACCCAGUAAUAACCAACAAGUCCCAGUUCCUGGAUAUCCAAUGCAUGUACAAAACCCGCAAAAUAAUCAACCAACUGGGACUCAAAUGUCUAAUGUGCCUCAAAUGCCAUUACUAGGCCAACAAUUACCAAUGCCAAAUCAGCAUAUAAUACAAGGGCAGCCCAUUCAAGUUGGUCAACCUCAAGUACAACAAAUGCCACAUCAACCACAAAUGCACCAAAGUCAGUCAUUACCACAAGGGGGCCAAUCUCAGGGACCACAAAUGCCACACCAACCACAAAUGACCCAAAGCCAAACGUUACCAAUGCAAGGUCAUCCCUCACAAACACAACCACAACAAAAUAUGAUGAUGCAGCAUCCAGGUCAACCUUUGCAACAAGGUCAACAGAUCUCUCAGACCAACACACAAGCUAUGAACCAAGGCCAACAAAUACCGAACCAGAUGCCAGCUAAUAUGCCACAAAUGAUGCAAGGUGCUAUGCAACAUAGUUCACAAAUGCAGGUUCCCACAAUGUCUAAUCAGGGUCAGCAACCAGUACAACAGAAUAUGCAAGGUCAAACCAUGAAGCAACCAUCUUUCGGUAACGGCCCUCCAAACCAACAGCCUGUGAACAACCAACAGCAAGCCCAAACCCCAUUAAAGUCUGAACAUAACAAUAAUACUGCAGAGUUGAUAAGUUUUGACUGAAUCAAAAAAUUCAAGUCCGUAAUAGUUUUAUUUAUUAGUAUUGUUAAAUGGUAACUAUAAAGGUUAUUUAAAUUAAAUAUUUUCGCAAUAACUCACUUAGGAAUAUGUCAUGGUGUUAAAUUUUGUGAUAAUUUUAAGAAUAUAUUAUACUCAGCUUUCAAUAUGUUGACCUUUUCAAAUUAUAAAUUAAUCUUAUCUUAGACAGCAAAGUUCAUCACAAAGUUUCAAAUAAUAUAUAACAUUAUUUGCAAGUGGUAGCCAAUUUAGAUUUUAGAUAAAAGGCCUUGUAAUCUAUGUAAAUGUGCUAACUGUAAAAAUAUGUGUUGGUAUUUAGCUUAUUUAGAGAAAUAACUAAAGAAGAUAGAAAUUCUUAUUAUUAUUAUUCCUGCAUAUUGUUGUUUUAUAUUAUUUACAAAUAAGUUAUGAUGUAUAGUAAUAAUAAAUAUCCCUUAAAA